ACGACUGCUAGCGGUGGCAUACAGAAAUCCCGACAACCAACCAGGUACAGCUGUAUAGGUGUACGCAAUUGUGUGCAUAGGUAUUUAUCGAAGGUGUCCGCAGUCGGGCCUUGUUCAACCAUCAUUCCAGUGUCUCACCAAAUCACAGCGGCGCCAGCACGAGACGUUCCAGAGAUAGAAAAAAGUACGGCGGGGCGACCCUUACCACCGGAGGGGGUCGGCCCCGAACACACGGGGGCAGGUGGCCACCGAUCGGUUAGAACAUUUUGGACGCUGUCCCUGUCGUUCAUGUGCGUUGUUUUCAGAGUGCGAUGAAGGUGCUAGCGACGUUUAGCAUAGUGAUUGUGUGUGCACGUGCCGCACACAUCGGCACGUACACCUCUACCUAUCAAAGCCCCGUGCAUUAUUCUAUCCAGACACCUUCGUACAGCAACCAAGCCUUCGUGCACGCACAAGUACCAGUUGCAUCUGCAUCAGGAGCUCCUGCCGUGUAUAGAACCCCAUUCGUUAACCGCAAUGGGGUUGUAUCCCGGAAUCCUGACGCCGUUUGGAAUGAUCCUGUAGAGCAUAUUCCCUUUGCUCCUACGCCUGUACCAGGUAGUGAGUUCCUAAUUUAUGGGGAUCCGGGCUACGGAGCUUACCGCGGAAAUUUCGGUGGCGUUAGCUUGAACUCUGGCCUCUAUGGAUAUAAAUCGAAGAAAUCGGCCAAGGCCUAAAACGGUCAUUGUCAUAAAAAGCCUUUCUCGGUUGUACCCUCUACACCAAAGGAAACUAUAGAAUUUUAUGGAUUCAAAUAAAACUUGUAUAUGUACGUAAUCGA